AUUAUAUUUGCUUUGUCACUCUCAUUUGCUCCACCCGAGUCGCUCUCAGUUGAACCCGGGUCGGGAUCUUAACCACAUUCAGAUCUGACAACAUUGCUGCUCGUCACUCUCAUCCCAUUUACUUCACCCAAAUGAAAUGGUCUAAUUUCCGUCUCCUUAUUACCAAAACCCUAAAACCCUAAUUCUGUAAUUCUCUGCUUCUCCAUAGCAAUGCUUUCCUUUAUUCAAUCUCCUGCAACUCCAUUCAAGCCCUUAUUCAAUUUCAAAACCCUAAAACCACCCCCUAAACCACAUUUCUCAAAACCAAUCCAAUCCGUCCUCCAAUGGAACCGAAAGCCCCAAUUGGCCGGCGAAACUCCCCGCGUCGUCGUUAUCACUUCCGGUAAAGGUGGCGUCGGCAAAACCACCACCACUGCUAACGUAGGUCUCUCGUUAGCACGUUUCGGCUUUUCCGUCGUCGCCAUCGACGCCGACGUUGGCCUCCGCAACCUCGACCUCCUUCUCGGCCUCGAGAAUCGCGUUAACUACACUGUCGUGGAGGUUCUCAACGGCGACUGCCGACUCGAUCAGGCGUUGGUUCGCGACAAGCGGUGGUCGAACUUCGAACUCCUCUGCAUUUCGAAGCCAAGGUCGAAACUUCCACUGGGAUUUGGAGGUAAAGCUUUGGUUUGGCUAGUUGAGGCUUUAAAAUCAAGAGAAGAAGGUAGUCCUGAUUUCAUUUUAAUUGAUUGUCCUGCCGGCAUUGACGCUGGUUUUAUAACGGCGAUAACGCCCGCAAAUGAAGCUGUGUUAGUAACAACCCCGGAUAUAACUAGUUUAAGAGAUGCUGAUAGAGUAACGGGGCUGUUGGAAUGUGAUGGAAUAAGGGAUAUAAAAAUGAUAGUUAAUAGAGUGAGGACUGAUAUGAUAAAAGGAGAGGAUAUGAUGUCAGUUUUGGAUGUGCAAGAGAUGUUGGGCUUGGCUUUAUUGGGUGUAAUUCCUGAGGAUUCAGAAGUUAUAAGGAGUACAAAUAGAGGGUACCCUCUUGUUUUGAAUAGGCCGCCUACACUUGCUGGUUUGGCAUUUGAGCAGGCAGCGUGGCGGCUAGUUGAGCAGGAUAGUAUGAAGGCUGUUAUGGUGGAGGAGGAGCCUAAGAAACGUGGGUUUUUCUCCUUUUUUGGAGGGUAAAAAUGAUGACUGUUUUUUAUUUGGUAGUUUGCUUAGUGUUUUGUACAGGGGCAAGCAAGUAAUGUUUGGAUAUUUGAAUUUUAGUGAACGUAAUGAUACUUGUGUUAGUUUUAGAGAGUGUUACCUGCAUUUUUAGGAUUUGGAUUAGCUCAUUUUUACUUCCAAUUUUGUUGGUACGUUAAAUGUUUAUGUGAGGUUCAAGUUCAAGGUUUAAUUUUUGUAAUUAUGAAAUCCAAACUGAAAUUAUUGGCUAUUGAAUAUGAUGUUUUCCUGCUUGUUUUGUGGUUUA